AUGUCCCGAGUCCUGUCCAACAGACCGCACCGUCGCAUCUUCACGCGCACCAGCUUCGGAACCAAGCUGCUGGUGGUGCUCCCAAGUGACAGUACCAUCUCCAAGCUCAAAGGAGAGAUUGCUCGUCUUCACACCACCGCCUAUCCCGACCACGGAAGAAUUUAUGUGACCACUGUGGUGGUGCCGGCUGAUGGAGCGGCGACGACUGGAGCCCAAACCGACUUCUCCCAGGAGUAUGUCGUGCCAGACCUGUACCGCCUAAUAGAUGCUCUGCCGAGCAACCCCAGCCAGGUGUUUGCCGGGUGUGUGGCACUGGCAGCCGGCGAGCCCACGCCGCCCACCAGCCUGGCCGUGUCUGGAAAGAAUAACAAGAGGAAGAGGAAGAGCGACGGCGAGGAGGUGGCGGGAUCGGGGGCGCAGCACAUCAGCCCGCCUGCCAUGACACCCAGCCACGUGGAUGCCAAGAGGCAGAAGCUGAAGGACGACGGUCUGGCCCCAAAGAGGGCAGCAGCAGGGAAGGGGAGAGCGGCUGACGAGGCCCUGGCCUCCGCACCCUUGCUGGAGGGAGCCCCCGCGGAGAGCGAGACUUCGCCUGGCCAGCUGUCCAAGAGGAGGAGGAACAAGAAGAAAGGGAAGAAGGAGGUCGUGGAGCAGGCAGCAGCGACAGCAGCUGGUGCAGAGGGUGCCGCAGCGACGACACAUGGAGGUGCAGACAGAACGUUGUCUGCGGGUCCAACGCAACCAGCAGCCCCUGCCCCCGCCCAGCCUGCGGUGGAGGACCCCAAAGCCCCCGAGUCAUCCAAGAAGGCCAGGCGGAAGACAGCCCGCCAGCUGGAUCUGUCCUCCGCCAUGCCCGCAGCAGGAGCAACCCAGCAGCGACUCCCCGCCCAGCCUCCGGCUGUGGCCAAGAGUGGGCCCGAGGUCCCGCCCGAGAUGAAGCCCGCAGCGACCCAGAAAGCCCCGCGCCGUCCACUCCCCAGCCCACCUUCUUCCCCGCUGCCCCACCUCCACCUCGGCGUGUUUGAGGAUAAGUCUGGAGCGGCCAGCCCCUCGGGCAGGGGAGGCAAGGAAGGUGCGAACGCUGCUCCCGCCGUGCCCCAGCCUGCUGCCAGCCCCUCCAAGGGUCGGCGACAGACUGGAAAGGCGGCACGAGACGCCCAGGCACCACCUGCUGCAGCAGCACCACCUCCAGCAGCAAAUGGAGCCAAGCAGGGGAAGAGCUCGGCAAAGUCCACGUCUGGGCCAGAGCCAUCAGUAGAGGCCAGCGUCCCAGAAAAUUCUGGCGCAGAGGCCCCGGCUGCUGCUGGCGAGAUAAAAGUGCAGGGUGCGGGCGGGGCGGCGGCUGCAGGGUCCCUCUUGCGACCGCAUGCCCAGGAGGAGGAAGCCAGUCUGGGUGAGACGUCUGAGGAGGAGUCGGAGGAGGAGGAGUCUGACGAGGGGUCGGAGGAGUCCUCCGAGUCCGACUCUUCAGAGCCCGAGAGCGAGCCUGAUGAGAGCAGCGAGGGCGCUGCACGCAUGGACGGCCACCCUUCGGCGACCCCCAGCCUUCCCAGUUCUCUGGACGACGAGGCCGGGGUCAAGAACGGCGACAAGGCAACAGAGGUGAGCAGCGCCGGGCCUGCGACGGCCGACGCAGAUGCAGCCAGCGAGAGCUCGGAGGAGGAGAGCAACGAGUCUGAGGACUCGGAGGAGGAGAGCGAGGAGUCGGAGGCUUCGUCUUCGUCUGAGGAGGAAGAUGAUGAUGACGACGAUGCGGAGACGACGAGCGAAGGGGGAGUGCCGCCCCCCAGUUCUGAGGGCCCUCGCCUGGAUGCCAGCAAGCGGGAGCUGUUCGAGAGGAAAGGGGCGCUGGCCGCCCUGCUGAAGCGCACUGUCAGUGCAUCAGGCCCUGGCAGCCCCGCGCCCUCGGCUGCUGAGCUGGCGGCAGAGCUGGACCGACGAGACGCUGAUGAUGCAGCUGCGGCAGGUCCCAAGUCAUUCCAAUGGCAGAAGCCUUCCAGCCAGUUCAAGGGCGCUGAGCUCCAGAAACUCACCAAGAUAAUGAUCAGGGAGGUGAUUGACCAUGACAGGCAGGCGCGGGGCCUGAAGAAGGCGGGUGCCGCCCUCUACAGAGACAACAAGAAGCCCCAAUGGUGGCCGCUGGAGGAGUGGAAUGCCACCGUCGUGGAAAGCCGGCGUGAGGCAUGCGCCAGGGUAUACAAUGCCGCGCGCCAGAUUCUGGCGACCAUACACGAUGUGCCUUUAGAGGGCUGA